GCGGGGGGUCACGUGAUGUUUGGGUGCCGGCGGUGACGGGCGCGCGGCGGCAGAGACCACACUGCUGAGCUGGGCCUUGGCUCUGUUGGGUGCCCAGUGCUGAACGAGCGGCUCCGCAGCACGAGGGAGAAAAAAUUAUUAGAAGGAAGUCUAAGACCAGGGGAGCAGGACUAAGGAAGCAGUUGGUUUGAAGUGUAAUCCCACAUCCAUCACUAUCUAGAAAAUGUCUUAUGGAUCCAUUGAUGGGAGUGGAUUUGGGAGCAGGAACCCAUUUGGAGGCCCUUCGAGACAAGGCUAUCAACCUCUCGCCACCCAGAUUGAUCCCAGCGAACUGCAGGAGCUUUUUCAGGAGACUUCAGCCAACGUGUUCCGAAUUAACUCCAAUGUGACUUCUCUGGAAAGAAGUCUUCGAUCUCUGGGGACCUCAAACGAUACUCAAGAGCUGCAGGAUGGACUGCAUGCGACCCAGCAGGAGACUAAUAAAACCAUCACCACCAGCACCAAAGCCAUCAAGCAGCUGUCUGAGAUUGUCAGAGGCUCAUCCAGGCAAGAGAGGCUCCAGCUGGACAGGCUGAAGAACCAGCUGUCGGAUGCCAUCCAGAGAUACGGAGCUGUGCAGAAGAAAAUAGCAGAGAAAUCCAAAGCUUUGCUUCCCACUGGGCAGAGAAGCACCAAGCAGCAGAGCCCCAAGACCCCCUUCUCUGACCUACCUGAUGAUGAGAAGAUCUUUAACGGGGGAGACGCCACGUGGCAGGGCCAGAGCCAGGACCAAGCGUUGCUCUCGGAAAUCACGGAGGAGGAUCUGGAGGCCAUCCGGCAGCGGGAAGAGGCCAUUCAGCAGAUUGAGAGUGACAUGUUGGAUGUGAACCAGAUCAUUAAAGACCUGGCCUCCAUGGUGCACGAGCAAGGAGAUGCAAUAGAUAGCAUUGAAGCCAACAUUGAGACGGCGUCUUCUAACGUAGACUCGGCCAACGAGCAGUUGGCAAAAGCCAGUCAGCACCAACUACGAGCCAGGAAGAUGAAGUGCUGCCUCCUCUCCAUCGCCUUGGCUGUUCUGGUGCUCAUUGUCAUCAUCAUCGCGGUCUCCGUCAAGCGCUGAGCUGGUUGUGCUUUCCACAGAGCCUGUGAUCCCCCUGGGAAGCUGGAAUGGAUUCUCAAGGCAUUGCACAUUCAGGCCCUGCGUCCACGUCUGCGUUACUGACACGUCCCAUUGAACCUGCUCCACCAACAGGCACAAGUUGUAUGAAAAAAAGAGCUAAAUUUCAUACUGUGUGUUGGUACCAUUGUGAACAAUUUUGCCUGUUUUUUCCCUCCCUUCAUUGUAGACACGUUUUACCUCAGAUUUUAAUUACGUCCCCCACGUCUGGGGAAUGCUGUUUCCUUUGCCUUCAGACUUGCUAAACAAUGUGCUGUAAGAUAAGUAGCUUUUAAUUCAUCUCCAUUGUUUGUGUUUUUAACCUGCUCCCGAUCUCCAGUUCUGCUCAUUUAAAACCAUGAAAGUCAAGAUGUUUUGUCUGAUUCUUUUGUUGUUGUUGUUGUUUGUUGCUGGUUUUGUACAUUUAAAGAUUAAUUUAGCUCAGAUUCCCCCCCCCCCUGCUGUGCACUGCUUCUUUAGACUCUGCUCUGCUGGAUCUGAGCUAAGCACGACCACAAUUAUAUGUGCCAUUUACAACACUUAAAUUAGAUGUUUAUUUGAUCCCACUCUAUGCACAGAACACCACAUUCAUUUAUGAGAAACACUACUGAAAGAGCAGGAAAAAUAAGCAAGGCAUACUGUUACAAUUUUUUAAAGACCUCUAAUCUAUUAAAAAAAAAAAAUCAAGCAAGAUAUCUCAUUUUAAAAAAAAAAAAGCCAAAUUUUUCAUUAGAUUCCAUUUAUGUGUUUCAAUGCAACCAGCGUUUGGGAUUUUGUUCCAUCCUCACACACAAUAUUUUCUGCUGACAACAUGAUUGAAACUGCCAUUUAAAUUCUCGUUUAAAUGUGUCGUGUGUUAUAAAUGCCGUUUUCCUCCGGUAAAUAAAGCAUUUCAAAAAUAGUUUUAAUUAAAAUGUCAUAGGAAUUACUGAAGAGAAUUUAACAAAACAAUAUGGUUUUUAUUCUUUGAGAAAAUGAAAAUGUUUUGACAAAAGUGUUUCUCACCACAAAAAAAAAAAAAAAAAUCAGUUGCCUCUAUAUGGAUUUUUGGUUACUGUGAAGCUUUAGAAAAGAAUAACAAAUAUUAAACUAGAUUCUUGCCUGCACUGAUUUCAAUUGCAUGCUUCCUUUCCAAAAAGCUGACACAGUCUUUCCUCAGGAAAGGUUGAGCACAGAAAAUGCUCAGAGAAAUCUUGCAGGUGCUUAAGCUCAUUCAGGGUCAAAGCUGUAAAACUUCUUAAAUCAGUACAGUUUGCUUUGGUGAAGAAACAGAAGGCACAGGUUCCGGUGUUUUUUCUUUAGAUUUAUGCUACCAAAUCUACAUAACUGGAUUGUUACAUGUAAUAUUAUAUAUUCAUUAAUUGCUAUUAGGAAAAGCUAAUUAAUAAAGUGAUACUGGUUUUUUUUUUUUCCCAGCCAAGCUUAGUGCUGGUAUGAAAUUAGGAAUUAUGACACCUACUGCUUUACCUUACUACAGAGAGUUUACUUCUGAAAUAGAACUCCUUCCCUCUAUCCACCACAAAGUGCAGACUUUCUCCAUCAGCACAUUUGGCAAAUCCUCCAGUGAUGAAAAUCAUUUUCAUCUCGUUAGUGGGAGCUGAACCGAGCCCAGCUCGUGGCUGAUUGCGAGCAAAUAUUUUGAGAGCUUCGAGUUGCAUUUGAACAAGGGAUCCAGAACAAACACUGCUUGCCCAGUCACUAAUCCCAUUCAUUAGCAGCUCAGUGAUUACCUCAUUAGUGUGAUGCAGUGCAGACACAGACUGAUUGAGCUUUCCCUGAGCCAGCUCACCCAGCACAUGAAUUUGGCACCGAUGACCCAGGUAAAGAAUUUCUCUGCUGAAACUGUUGAGCUUGUCUGGCCUGGAGCAAGUUUGAAAUCACGUGGUAGCAAACAUAAUGUUGUGAGUUGCUUGGUUAUAAUAGCAAAUGCUAUUAAAAACAAAGCAAAACAUGAGGUUUGUAUAAAAGAGUAUAUUCAGGCUAAAUCAUAGAAUCAGAAAAUGGUUUGGUUUGGAAGGGACCUUCAAGCAUUGUCUAGUCCAACUCCCCUGCCAUGGGCAGGGACACCUUCCACUAUCCCAGGUUGCUUCAAGCCCUGUUCCAGCAUGGUCUUGAACACUUUCAGGCAUGGGACAUCCACAGCUUCUCUGGGCAACCUGUGCCAGGGCCUCACCAGUCUCACUAUAAACAAUUUCUUCUAAUCUAAACCUGCCCCCUUUCAGUUUAAAACUGUUGCCCCUUGCCUUGUCACUCCAUGCCCUGGUAAAAAGCACCUCUAUCUUUUUUAUAAACUCCCUUUGUCCUAUUGAAAUGCUGUCAUAAGGUCCGUGCAGAGCCUUCUCCUCUCCAGGCUGAACAGCCCUAACUCUCCCAGCCUUUCCUCAUGGGAGAGGUGUUCCAGCCCUGUGAUCAUUUUUGUGCCCCUCCUCUGGAUCUCUUUUAACAUGUCUGUGUCUUUCUUGAGCUGGGGACCCCAGAGUUGUGUCUGGGGUUUGUGUGGCUAGGUUUUGGUAGCAGGGGGGCUACAGGGGUGAUUUCUGUGAGGAGCUGCCAGAAGCUUCCCUGUGUCCGACAGAGCCAAUGCCAGAUGGCUCCAGGAUGGAUCUGCUGCUGGCCAAGGCUGAGCCCAUCAGCAAUGCUGGUAUCACCUCUGGGAUAACGCGUAUCAGAAGCUGGGAAAAAGAACUUCCAGUGUAACACCAGCAGCAGUCAGAGGAGAGGAGUGGUGGGAAGUGAGGUUGAGUGCAGGUAGAAGGCAGGGCAGGGCCGGCAGGGCAAUGAGAAGGUAUUUUAGGAUUUGGGUUUAUUUCAGAUUUAUUUCAGAAGGUAUUUUAGGAUUUGGGUUUAUUUCAGAUUAUCUUACUCUGAUUUGAUUGGCAAUAAAUGAAACUUAUUUCCCCAAGUCGAGUCUGUUUUGCCCGACACAGUAACUGGUGAGUGAUCCCUCCCUGUUCUUUUUCUCAACCCACGAGUUGUUUUUUAUGUUUUUUCUCCUCUGUCAUCCACAAACUCACUGAAGGGUGCAUUCAAUCCUGUUGUUAUGUCAUUUAUAAAGAUAUUAAACAGCACUGGGUCCAAUAUGGACAGUACUUGUUGCUAAUCUCCAUUUGGACAAUGAGCCAUCAACUGCAACUUCAGUUCCAACUGCAAGUGAAGAUAUGUUUUCUAUUGCUUUACUCACUUCAUGAGCACAUUUGCCUUUGCCUUCCUCGUGGAAAAUAUAUCUAACAAUGCCAUUAAGCAGCUGUUUAUGCUACUGAUGUUUUGGGAGAAAAUACAGGCAUAGUUUCUUCUUUACAAUAUCCCUGGCAGAGGCACGGAGCUCAAAGCUUUCCAACAUCAGGCAGUUCAACUUGGGCAGAUCCUGCAAACCACCAUGACACAGAGGGUUAAUGUGAGAACAGGAUAUGACAGGGGAAAAUUCUAAUAAACCUCUUUUCAGAGGCAUUAUGCCAAGCUAGAGCAUGAUGGAAACAGCAGAAGUUAAAAAGAUCCUGACAAAAUCAAUUAAGAAGAGGCACGUCAGAAGCGUGGUGAGCUAAGUACCCGGUUCAAUUAUUAAGUUGUCAGGUCAUUUUAGGCAGGAGUGGAAUAGGAAACAGUUUUGUCUCUAGUGCCUUAAGGACAAAUGUGAACAUGAGAAAACAAACGUGUUUUGGUGUCUCCUGCUGUCACUGCCAAAGCCCUUCAGGAGCCAGUGAAAUUUCUCAGAUCUGAGAUCUUUUAAAAAUGAGGACUGUUCCUCAGAGUUGGGUCCACAAAAGGAAAUAGGUGUCAAAACUGGUAGUGUUGUGCCAUCCACUGGUCAACAAUUUCUUGACGUUUUGUCCCCUUUUGUGACACCUGUGAAAGCUUGCAUGGAAUACAUAUAAAGCCUGAAGCUGGACUUUGAGGAUCCUUUAGGUCCCUUCCAACUCAGGAUAUUCCAUGAUUUUAUUAAAUUUACUGUGCUGGGAAGACAGCUGCUUGAACUAGUCAGGAGGAAGCCUUGGGGAGCAUUCCAUGUCUUCAUCACCACAAGGUAGGACAUAAGAACAGUUCUGGUCCCUUGUCUGAAAACUCCCUAUCAGUUGAUAUUCUAUCUCCAGCACUGGCCAUAAACAAGUAACCAAGGGACAGAAAAGGUACUUAUAAUUUUUUUCUCCCUAAUAACUUUGCAGUCUAUAUUCUAAAUUUUUCCACUGAGGGGAUUUCCUGAUGAUGGUGUGGCUUAAAAAGGAGUUUCAAAGGUCUAUUACCAACUGAGAAAGACAAAAAAACAAAAAUCAAAAACUCCAGGACUUUUUGCAUUGAUUUUGGCUCCUGGGAUAGUGGAAGGUGCCCCUGCCCGUAGCAGGGGGGUCAGAACUUGAUGAUCUUUAAUGUUGCUUCCAACCCAAACCAUUCUAUGAUUGUAGGAUAGGCCUGGCUUUAGGCAGCCCCAGACAGCUGGGAGGAGUCCAGUCCUUAUCCUAAGCUGUUUUGUGCUGGCAAGGGACCUGUUGUCUCCUGUGAAUGGUGCAUUUGGACACAAAGUCAACUGAAGUUCAUUGGACCUGUCAGGCAUUGCAUUUUCCUGUUUCACCAGCUUGGAUCGUUUCUUAGGCAAGAGCCAGAGAAAGGCCCACAGUUGAAAUGCAGUGAUUGACACAUUUCUACACUGCAGCAUUUCAUGCCUCCAAGAGCAUAUGAAGUGAAAGUGAAGAACGAUGGGGCAGGUCAACAGAUCACUCUCUAACAACUUAUUAAUCUACAGUUCUGUCAGUCUGAGGGGACUUGAAACACUGCAAAUGGCUGCAAUUCAUCCAUUUAGUUUAAGUGUGUUAACCCACAUAAUUAGGUGCAGUCUCUUCCAAAGCAGCAGCCCAGAGCAUAUUAAUGAUCCCUCACAUGGAGUCUGAGCCGUGUUUCUCAUGUGUUCACUCAUUACAGGCCUCCACACUGUGCAACUGAGUCAAACCUAAUUAGACCACAAAGAAAUAUGGUUAUAAUUGGUCUGGAGCAGCUUAGUAAAAUGUAAUAAGGAAGUUUAAUUGGCUUCUUCUUUGUAUUACUGAUUCUGGAAUUUAUCAUUUGCUUUGGACAUUGGACUGACUCCCCCUUACCAUGCCAUGGAAGGCAAAUGAAUAAAAAUAUGGUGAUGAUUGGUGA